AUGGCCACGCACUGGCAGCGCCAGGGGGUAGGCCGUGCCAAGGCGUCGGCCAAGGGCAAGGCGCCCAGCCAUGUUCGCCUGUGUGCAUUUUGUCUGGGCACAGACGAGAUGAAUCGCAAGACGAAGAAGCCUGAGCCGCUUGUGUGCUGCAGUGAAUGUGGAAGUUGUGGACAUCCAUCGUGUAUGCAUUGGGACCAUGCAGGAAAAAAGUUGGCUGUUGUGCGUACAUACGAUUGGCAUUGCAUGGAGUGCAAGACAUGCGAAGUAUGUUUGGAUAAAGGCGAUGAUGAGCAGAUUAUGUUUUGUGAUCGUUGUGAUCGCGGUUGGCAUUUGUACUGCUUACGACCUGCGCUAGACAAACCACCUCGGGGCCUGUGGUACUGCCCAACGUGCCAGCCACCAGCGCCGCCAAACCCUGCACCAUCGCGCACCAUUGUACGCAUUAAACGAAAGCCGAAAGGAGAAGAAGCGCCAGUAAAGAAAGCCAAAGCCACAGAGCCAUUGGACGACGAACCUUUCAGUGGAUUGCUCACUGGCGACGAUGCCAAUACCACGACGAAUGAACCGUCAGAAGACGAUAUGGAGCGAUACCAAGCUAGCAAACGAGCUGCUGAGUACCAGCUGGGUGGUGCAGUGAGUUUACCGUCACGUACACUGCACGCCCCCUCCCACAACAUCAAGGCAGAAAGUGUGUCGGCAGCCGGUGCCAGUACAGGGAAGGCACGCCCGAUUUCCAUGAUUCGCUUUGGCUCCUAUGAUAUCCAGACAUGGUUUCAGGCCCCCUUCCCAGAAGAGUACAGCGUUGUACCUGAUGGGCGCUUGUGGAUGUGUGAGUUUUGUUUGAAGUACAUGAAAAGCCGUUUUAUGGCUACACGGCACCGCAUGAAAUGCAUGAUGCAUUAUCCGCCUGGCCAGGAAAUUUAUCGCGCAAACAGCAUUUCUGUGUUCGAAGUGGACGGGAGCAAAAACAAAAUCUACUGCCAAAACCUGUGUUUGCUAGCAAAGUUGUUCCUUGACCAUAAAACCCUCUAUUACGACGUGGAACCGUUUUUGUUUUAUGUCUUUGUGGAGAGUGAUGCAUCAGGUUCGCAUUUUGUGGGGUACUACAGCAAGGAGAAACGCUCACCUAUGGAUUACAAUGUAAGCUGUAUCAUGACACUGCCGAUUCACCAGCGACGUGGAUGGGGCUACUUCCUUAUUGAGAUGAGCUACCUACUCUCCCAGAAAGAAGGACGCCUUGGCUCGCCCGAAAAGCCCUUGUCUGACUUGGGUUUCCUCACCUAUCGAAGCUACUGGAAAUUAGCCGUGUUCCGGGCCCUUCAGUCCGACCCCACAUGCACUUUGGACGAUUUGUGCAUACGCACCGGCAUGAAAAUGGACGAUGUGCUAUAUACCCUACAAGAUAAUCAUAUGAUCGAAGUCUUCCAUAACGGCACAGACAUGGGACGGCUUCCGCCGCAAUAUUUCACCGAGAAAAGUGGCAAAGACCAACGCCGUGAAAGUCCUGCUAUCCCUUUGCAAGAGACGCCGAUACCGAAUGAUUACCGCCUUGUACCUGACUUGGACGGCAUCCGUGCUCAUCUUGCAAACCAUGAUGCGAAGAAGUACGUUCGCGUCGAUCGCGACAAGUUGCGCUGGACGCCUUUCUUGUUUGCGCCGCCCCCGCCUAUAGCUACGAAGCCAGAUGACGAAGCGCUGUAA